UCAAUCACCCGAGAACGAUGACACAGCGCUCUCAGAGAAGGCUGAUAUCGAUAACGAGGACACAGUAGGUUCCUUCCGGUGCCCUCGCUUCUUUCUCUUAGCGGCUGGCUUCUUUCCCCUUUUCUUCAGCCCUCGCCGUGUGGCCUCCUUGUCAAUCCCCUCCUUGUCUGCAGCACCCGCACCCACAUCCUCAUCGGUAUCCAUUGCGUCUGGCUCAGGUGGCAGAACGACAGACACACGGCCGCUCCGCUUCUGCAAGACCCACACGAAAAUCGUUGCAUCAGUUGGCUGUCCGUGUGCCACAUGAUGUGGCUGUCUCACCUUUGGGGGCAAGUCCGCCGGGGAAGGGGGGAAUACGUCGGCAGGCAGGUGCGUUGGGGCAUCCACCAAGUGGCCACUCAUUGACUUGUUGACGAACACGAAACUCGGACGUCGUGAGCCAGCAAAGCGCUCUCUAAUCUUCGCCCUGAACACAGAACAGAGACGUGGAUGCAUGACGGAAACCAUCUUCAGUCCUUUCAUGCGCACCAUUCGAUAUCUUGGCUUCCCGCCUGUUCAUGCGCACCAUUCCUCAGCAU